AUGCUCCCUAACUCGAGCUCGGAACAACAAACAUCAAUUAUUUGUGAUUCAAACGAUUAUAUACCAACAACAUCAAGUGCAAAUACAUCACCGUCCUGUACAGAAUAUUCAAAAAAAGGAACACCAUGGUUUUUGAGAGAAAAAUCAUUGGAAUAUUGUUAUUCGGAGCUUUCAAAACACCCAUCCUUGUUAGAAAAGGUUCAAAAAUCAAUUGAAAUCAUCAAAAAGACUCUCGAAAUGUACAACACACCCAUAGCACUGGGUUUUAACGGAGGAAAAGACUCUGUUGUAAUUGUUAAUUUAUUAAUCAUGUAUCUAUUGGAAAAAUUCAAAGUUGAGCAGUGUACAGCUGAAAAUUCUGCUAGCUCAAGUUUACAACAACUUUCAGCUCUAUUGAAUCAACACUGUUUAUUCUUUCAUUUCUCCAUACCACAUCAAUUUCCAGAAAUGGAUCAAUUUUUGGAACAAUCCUCCAAACUCUAUGGCGUCACUUUAAAGCUCAUUGAUGCUAGCAAGGGUUUUAAACAAGGCCUCGUUGAGCUGAUAGAAACAUCAUCGAGUAAACUUGAUGCUGUCUUCAUGGGCACAAGAAAAAUUGAUCCAGACGGGCGUAAUAUUGAUGUCUUUGAAAAGACCUCAGAUGGUUGGCCUGAAAUGAUGCGAGUUUCACCCAUCUUAGAAUGGGAUUACCAAGAUGUGUGGCAAUUCAUUCUCACCCUCCAUAUACCAUACUGUACACUGUAUGACAUGGGAUACACCUCAUUGGGCAGUGUGAAUGACACUGUACGGAAUGAGGCGCUAAGACAGCCCGAUGAUUCCUUUCUUCCAGCUUAUUUCUUGAUGGAUGGCACUUUGGAAAGGUUUGGAAGAAUGAAAAAAUAG